AUGCGCUCUUCAAUACCUCGUUCAUGGCGCAUAGGGGGCCGCUCAUCCAGUCAUCCAGACAUCCGCGAGUUAAGCACCUUCGUGUCUGCAUGCAGAGCGGCGUCCCAGAGCGCUACUCGUCCGUUCUCAACAAGCGCACCUGCACCACGACCAUGGCCACCACUGCUCAAGCUCGACAACGCGCUUCUCAAGAGCCUGAUUGCACCGCCCUCCGACUCGACUGCAAGCUCUCCGCCAACGUUGCAAUGGACCGUCAACGACGCUGGCGCCGACGAGUGUUGGGCCAUCAUCGCUCCUGCCUCGGAGCAAGGCGGCGCCGUUCGUCGCGAGCUCAUUGACGUCCUCUCGGGUCGAUACCGUCCCCGUCAGUCUCCCUCCGACCUGCAGCAUCCACCGGUCCAUCCCUUCUUGCUCGAUCCAUCCCAACCUGACGCACGUCCUCGCUCCUCCAGCAAAGCCAUCAAACACGUCUCCUUUGCGACCAAAAUGGGCUCCGCCUCUGCCUCGGGCGAGUUCUCCAAUUACUCUGCGCGCUACGGCGCCAUACGCGAAGAAGACAGAGUGACGUUGUACGAGCGACUGAUGGACCUGCUCGACUGCCCCGUUGGUCUUGUAGCCGCGAACAAGUUUGUGCCGGAUCCACUCGCCUCUUCCGACGCUGCCGACCAGGUGGUUGGGCGGUUCAAGUACAGGUCUGAGGCUGAACGACGAGCCGCUUUGGAGAGGGCACAGCAAGCGGAUAACGUCAUCAAGAAGAUGGCACCUCUUCUGCUCAUCACGAACGAGCUGUUACACAGACCCGUUAUCGCGCUCUCCAACGGACAGACGCGACGAGCCAGGAUCUUGAGCAGUCUCAUCACGGGUGCAGAGCUCGUUGUGCUCGAAGAGCCUUUCUCAGGGAUCGAUGUCGGCACACGGCAGCGCCUCAGUGAUCUGUUCGCGCAGCUUCACGCUGGAAGGAGACCAAGAUUGGUGCUCGUCCUACGAGAACAAGAUGCCAUUCCAGAUCUUGUCACUCACAUCCUCAAGGUUGACGAUCAAGGGCGCAUCAUCUCGAUCGGCCCUCGUAAGUCCGUCAGCGCCCCAACAUCAACAUCCUCACAGACCGAAGCAAAGCGAGGCGGGCACGAUGUCGUCCUCUCCAAUGCGCAAGGCGGCAUCGGCCUCGGCGACACCUCCUCGCCCGCGCUCAUCUCCCUCAAGUCAGUCUCGAUCCAGUACGGCGACAAACUCGUCCUUGACUCGAUCGACCUCUCUCUCCAUCCCGGCCUCCGUCUCGUGCUUGCAGGCGACAAUGGCUCUGGCAAAACUACCCUCCUCGCUCUGCUGCUCGGCGACCAUCCGAAAUCGUUUUCCUUCCCCGCCUCCUCGCUCUCUCUGUUCUCCCACGCUCGAGACCACCCCUCCAACGCGCGGACGCUGAUCAAUCGUCGCCUAGGGCAUCUGUCACCGGAGCUGUUCAACGCGUUCCCGCGCAAGCCCCUCGCCGCAGGCGGGCUGACGGUGGGUGAAGUCGUCGCGUCCGGGUUCGAGAAUGUUUUCGCGAGGAGAAAGUAUAGCGAGCAUCAGAAGCAGCGCGUGUGGUCGCUCCUUUCGUUGUUCAGCGAUCUCAUCAAGUCGCCGCAGGGAAGCUCAUUCACGAGCACGCAGGGCCAGGCGGAGGAUGUGAAGACGGUCUCAGACAGGGCAUUUGCGGGGUUGAGCCAUGGAAGCCAAGCGAUUGUGCUCUUCCUGCGGGCCGUGAACAACAGCAAGACCAAGAGGAGAGGAAACGAAUGGCGAUAG